CUCUUUCUCGAAAGAAGGUCGGAAGGUGGUUUCUCUCUCUUCAGCCUGCUGCGUUUUUCUCUCCCCUUGAGAUCAAGAACGCCAAGGCAUUUUCUUGAAUUUUCCAGGGUUUCGCUCGGGAACGGUUGCGAUCGUUGCCCACCGCUUCCAGAUCCGUAGAAAGCAGCUGAAAAUCAUCUUCUAUCAGAGCAUCUGAUUGUCGCUAUGGAUAUGGUGGCAAUGAAGGGAAGCAUGCUGGUGCUUACAGAUCAUGUGGUUGUCCCUGUUAGUGCAGUUCUGUCUGCAGUUAGGGAGGCUGGGAAUGAAGCAAUUGGAGAAAGUGAUAUGCUCGUCAUCACACAAGCGUCUGCUUUAAGACAGUUGCCGAUCGGGUCUUCGUCACUGAAUGUCGUAGUUGCGAUAUUGAAAACUCCUGACCUCAGUGGGCAGUGGCUUGAAGAGAUUGUUAGAGUCUUGAAACCCGGUGGUAGAAUUGUAUUGCAUACUUCUCUGCCUCCCAAUGAGCAGACAGAUAAGGUUUCCUUUCAGUCAAGUACUCCCCUCAAGCGCAAGCUACUCCUGGCAGGAUUUCUAGAAGUGCAAGAUCUGCAACUAAAAUCAUUGUUACCUUUUGAAGACAUCAACCAAUCUCUAACGGCCAAGAAGCCUUCUUGGAACAUUGGGUCCUCCUUUUCCAUCAAGAAGCCAAUGAAGAGCCUACCUAAAGUUCAGAUUGAUGAUGAUUUGGAUCUGAUCGAUGAGGAUAGUCUCCUAACUGAUGAAGACUUGAAGAAACCCCAACUGCCACUUGUGGGUGAUUGUGAAGUUGGAAGCACAAGGAAAGCCUGCAAAAACUGCACCUGUGGCCGGGCUGAGGCAGAGGAAAAGGUGGAGAAGCUGGGGUUGACUACAGAGCAGCUGAACAACCCUCAGUCUGCAUGUGGCAGUUGUGGACUUGGUGAUGCAUUCCGCUGCAAUGGAUGCCCCUAUAAGGGUCUCCCUCCAUUCAAAUUGGGUGAGAAGGUAUCACUAUCAGGGAACUUCCUUGUUGCUGAUAUAUGAAUAUGCUGAUGAAUAGAAGAGAGCCUUGUCGAGACGGCGGUGAUUUUAGAUACACUAGGUUUUCAACGGAUAACCUCGGUGGUCAUGGAUUAUUAGUCAUAGAUGUCAUGCAGUCCAUAGUGUAAAACGCAUUCCAUGGAAUAAAAUUUGGUUUCUAGAGA